CGAGGCGGUUGUGUUUACCUCGGGCCCUCCUCUGAAAGGGGCAAGUGUAUCGCUGCCACGACGACAACGACUUCAAUUGGCCGUUUUUUGCAAAAGCAGGCCCAACCCACCGAUCCUGGCCUAUUAGUUGUUCACUUUUCAUACACUCCACCUACUUGCCCUACUCUGUCUCCUCAACCUACUGUUAACGGCCGAAGUUGUCUCAUUUUCUACAUGAGACCCCACAGAGACAAAUCUGUCUACAGGUUUAUGUGUUUGCUCAAUCCUCCUGUCUACACACCUCAACCGGCCACAGAAUGA